AUGUUGAGGCCUCCGGCCGCCUUGCCAGUUGAUGUGUGCCGUCGUACGUACGGUGCACAGAUCAUGGUAGACGAGCCUGAGACGCCAACUCGCACGCGUGAUGGCCACGACAUUUACCUGCCCAAUCACGUCGAAGGCGUAUCGCAUAUCGCGGUGGAUGUCGGCGGCUCACUCGCCAAGGUCGUCUACUUUACACGCACGCCUGCUAUGAACGGGCGCUCCUCUACGUCUUCCUCCGCGCGUGGAAAACCUACGCUGAAUCCUGUGGGCCUCACGUCGAAGAACGCCAACAUGUCGUUUGACCCUAGGAACCUGCGUCGUCGGUCCUUACCGCCGCAGUUCCCAGGCGGGCGUUUAAACUUUACCAAGUUUGAAACGGGGCACAUGGAUCAAUGCGUUGUGUUCCUUCGUGAGCUUAUCGAGCGCAGUGCUGCUGCGAACCACGUGUCUGUGGAAGACAUGCAGAAGAGUGUCAAGAUUAUGGCGACUGGCGGCGGAGCUCAUCUGUUUUACGAGCGCUUCAGUAAGGAGCUGGGUGUCGAGGUAGAGCGUGCUGAUGAAAUGGAGUGCCUGAUUUCUGGCCUCAACUUCAUGACGUUGAUUCCGGACGAAGUGUUCUGGUUCUCUGACGAAUUGAUCGACGAUAUGACCAAUGGUCCCCUCCCAGAAAAGCGUGGCGAUUCCAGUGUACUGUCUGCUGAAAACACGUCACUUCCACGCCCCAGUCCUUGCCCACCCCUGUACGCUCCCUUAUUUGAAAGCGAUCCGUCGCCCAAACUGCCCUGUCUUUUGGUCAAUAUCGGCUCUGGUGUAAGUAUUUUGAAAGUCGAUGAGCACGGGCAAUUUGAACGUGUUAGUGGGACAAGUUUGGGUGGUGGUACCUUGUGGGGUCUGUUGGGAUUGUUGACCGAUGCGCAAAACUUUGAUGAGAUGCUCGAACUAUGCGAGCGCGGCGAUAACAGCAAUGUUGAUAUGCUUGUGGGUGAUAUUUAUGGGCCUGUGGGUUUGGACCAUUUGGGCCUGAAGGCGUCCACUAUUGCCUCCAGUUUCGGCAAAGUCUUCCGUUGGGACCGGCGAAGUGAGACGCCGCCUGACGAGAACCGCCCUCAAUCUGCGUCGGAGCGUCGUCGGGGUCGGUUCCGCCAAGAAGAUAUAUGCCGCAGCCUGCUGUAUGCUAUCAGCAACAACAUUGGCCAAAUCGCACACAUGAACGCGGAAAAGUACAAGUUGGAUCGCAUUUACUUUAGUGGUUGCUUUAUUCGUGGACAUCGAGCGACAAUUGCUACGUUGUCGUAUGCCAUUCGAUUCUGGAGCAAUGGCCGUCGACGUGCGUACUUUUUGCGGCAUGAAGGAUACCUGGGCGCUAUUGGUGCAUGGGUUCGCCAUGUAGCAGCUGGCGGUUCGUCGGACGAGGACGUGGAUGCCAAGCAAACACACAGUGCGCCUGCAGAGCCGUCUAUGAACCCUAUCUUGGCCGAAGCGCUGGGUGGCUUGCCGCUUGAUGCGCUGCCCUCCGUCGCAUCCAAGUCAGCGUCUACAGAGUCGGAUGACUCGCCGAGUGAAGCGUUGACGCCGCACACUGAGACCAUGACGUCUCAUGUGGCUGAUUUGUUAGAAGAAUUGGCCGAUCUGGACCACGAUGAACUGCCGCAUGAUCCCAACUCGAUUGCCAAGCUAAUGCAACAGCUGGAUCAAGCUCACCAAGUGGCUGAGACCAUUGAGGCGCGAGUGGAUAGCUUGUUAUCCAAGCUGAACGACCUGAUGCCUACGUCGUAG